GUUUAAAUUAUUAUACCGCUCGUAAGUCUGUCGGAGUCGCAUAGUAAUGAAUCCCAAUCGUAUAAAAUACUCGACGGCGAUCAGUGAGGAGAUUGUGCCUGCCAUCUUGCAAGAGGAACCGGAAGUGGUCGAGAAGGUGGCGGCACAUGGCGAAAGCGGCGCUGGAGAUGGUGGUGAAGCUCAGUACACCUAUACUUACAUUACCAACGAGGACUAUGGUACCGAAACGGCUAUGGUAACUCUCACCGCCCACGAGCUGGUUAUCGACGAGAACGGCCAUCCCAUUACGUUGGAACAGCUAGUGGAGAACAGUACCGUCGAGGAGGUAGAAACUUUAGAGCAGGGCGACGGCACGCACACGAUUCUGCGCAUCGUUCCGAACAGCAUGCACGAUGAUCAGCACGAAAAGGACGUCGAGGACAAGGAAGUUAAUGACUUCAAGGGCAAGGAAGUUGAUGACGGCGAGGAACUGGAUCAGAAGAAGGACGAAAUGGUCGCCGUGAAGCAUGAAGUUGAGUACGAAAACGACGAUGUUGAAUUUCUUUUCUUCGAGGAAACCGUUGAUCAUGGCGCCGAGCAGAAGGUCCAAGCAGGAGAUGCUCGCAAAAAGACCUUCCAUUGCCCCAACUGCAGCAACAAGUACAAUUCUGUCGGUUCGCUGAAGCUUCACUACCGCGCCUGUCUGCGUCAGUGUAAUGAGGCCCCCGCAGAGAACCGCCAGUGCAAGGUGUGCGGCAAGGUCUUCUGCACGGAGGGAUACUUAAAAAAGCACAUGCUUCGGCAUACCGGUGUGCAGAUACACACUUGCUUCCGUUGCUAUAGCAAGUUUGUUGAGGAGUCCAAAUUCGCCGCUCACAUGGAGGCGCACAAGCACCAGGAUAAGCUCGAGGCCGAGGCCGCCGCAUUCCGAGCAAAGCACGGUGGCAAGAAGGUGAUCGUCAAGGAGUUCAAGUGCUCGUUCUGCUCCCAAAACUUUAGCGUCGUUUUUGACGUUGGCCAGGUUAGACGCCGCUAUGCCUGCGACUCUUGCCGCGAAAAGUUCUCCAACGAGGAGGAAAUGCGUCAGAACAAGGAGCAAGAAGAGAAGAAGCCUGGGUUCAGUUGCGAGCGCUGCGGCCGCCAGUUCGUGUUCCAGGGCUUCCUCCAGCGCCAUAUCCCGAAAUGCGAUGGCACCAUUAAGCAUCGUCGGGGCAUGAAGUAGAGGCGGCGAUAGCGACUGCGAUCCCCACCAGAGUCACCACUGCCACGCUAUGUUGUUAUGGACCGGGUCCAGCAAAAAAUAGAUCUGGUUCGCCAACGAGGAGCAGCAGGGGGAGCUAUAAUUACUAGAGGAAGACGUCGAGGAACAUGAUCUGUUUCUGGGAAACAGCAGUAGCAGGAGGAUUAGGAUAACGAACAUAUUAAACAUUUGCUAGAACACCACGCAUAUAACUUUCAAACAGAAUAUGCCUCGGAAAUCUUCCUAACUUUGCUAAAGGAGAUAGUUCCUAACUAUAUAUGCAAACAAAUAUAGACUUUAUAAUUAUAAAAA